AGCAGUAGCUACCACAGGCUUCAGACUGGCCCCAAAAUCCAACAGGUUAUUAUUAAGAUGUGUUACGAGUACAUUCUAGAUUCCAUUCCUAUUUUCAUAACCUGACUGCAGCAUACAAUUUAUUAUUUAAAACAUAACACGUAAGCAUGGUUUUAACAUGUUACAACCUAACAGAAGGUAGGUCAAAGAAAAGGCUAUCAGGCCCGAGUGCAACUGCACUGCCUACACUUUCUGUAUUUAUUUCUGCAUGAAGACAGAUCACUAUCUGUGUUGGUGAGGCAUUUCCUGAAGCUCUGUCAUCUAAAAAAGCAGCUUCUCUCCGUAUUUACUAUCCAAUUUGAGUGUAACCACGUUCAGUGCUUGGAUUAUGCAUCUUUUGAGUUUGUUAUUGCUUUUGACUGCAGGCGCCUGUGAGGUGGUGUACUGGCAGAAGCUGACAUGUCCCUAUGAAGGGAAGCAUGAGAGGCUGCUGAGGGUCUGGUGCAGGCAAAGCUCCGCUGACUGCUGCCACGGCCUCGCCUUCAGCCAGAGGCAGCACUCAGUGGAUGGAGGUCACCUGAAGGUGACGCAGGGCUCUGAUUCCUUCACUGUGGCGCUGCUGCAGCCCAGCCAUGGAGAGGGACUGUAUUGGUGCGGUGUGCUGAGCACCAACAACACCGUCAUCAAGCUGGCUGAAGGCUACUUUCACAGCUCCUUGGCUGCUUACAUCUGGAGUUUGACUCGCUGGAUUCUGCUGCCUCUGCUGCCCAUGGCGACCAUAUUCGCCACCCUUUACUCCAGAGCCAUAACAAAACACACUCUGACGAAGGCAGCGGAGGAGCGUGGUGAUGAUGUCACAGAGCUGGCUGAUCCACAGUAUGAGAACGCAGCGUCUUCCUGUCAGCUGGAAUGAUCACAUGUUCUAGCUUCAUUUCAACACGCAGUCAUCCGAAUCAUGCGGUUUUCUUUCAAAGUGUUUCAAGGGGGAAAUUCUUUUAUUUUUAAAGACACAAUAAAUGUUCUUUAUGAAGAAAUAAGUUUGCAUUUAUUGGACAAACCAAACAGAGGCAAUCUCACACAGUGUAGAGAUGAAACAUGUCACGGGGUGAAAAAUAAAUGAAGGGCUUCAUUCCAACAGUCAUACAUCCAUUUGGAAAAAGAAAAACAUUUCCAAAGUGCAUAUCCAUUUUCAGAGAUGUUUUUACUUUAGACCGCACGAUUAGAUCUUUGCUGUCUCGAUCACUUGAUAGGAUUUCAGUUAAGUUGUUUCCACACAGUGCAUGUAUUAUUUUUG